AUGAAGGGAAGCAAGAGGUGGAUCCACGCCGUGAUGACAUGGGUUCGGCGGCAACCGCCCAAGAUGAAGGUCUUUCUCGCGGUGCUACUCGGCCUGGCCGCCUUGCUCUUCCUCAGAAUCGUCGUUCACGAUCACGACAGCCUUUUCGUCGUCGCCGAGUUUGUCCAUGCAUUAGGAAUCUCCGUCCUCAUUUACAAACUCACCAAGGAAAAAACCUGUGCCGGGCUUUCGCUGAAAUCGCAGGAGCUGACGGCAAUUUUCCUAGGCGUGAGACUUUACUGUAGUUUUGUGAUGGAAUAUGAUAUACACACCUUACUGGAUUUGGCAACAUUUGGAACGACCCUCUGGGUUAUUUAUACGAUACGCUUCAAACUCAAAUCUAGUUAUAUGGAUGAUAAGGACAACCUUGCAAUAUACUAUGUUGUGAUACCUUGUGCUGUGCUGUCCCUGUUUGUUCAUCCGACAACCCGGCAUCAUAUGGUUAAUAGGAUCCUCUGGGCAUUUUGUGUUUAUCUUGAAGCUAUUUCUGUUCUCCCUCAGUUGCGGGUUAUGCAGAACGCUAAGAUCGUUGAACCAUUCACCGCACACUAUGUUUUUGCGCUUGGAGUUGCAAGGUUCUUGAGUUGUGCACAUUGGAUUCUCCAGGUGUUAGAUACUCGUGGGCGUCUACUAACUGCAUUGGGUUACGGAUUGUGGCCUCCGUUGGUUCUUCUAUCAGAAAUCGUCCAAACUUUCAUCCUGGCAGAUUUUUGCUACUACUACGUCAAGAGUCUUGUUGGGGGACAACUUGUUAUUCGACUUCCUUCAGGAGUGGUGUAA